CAGUCACGUGGCCCGGCUGCGGCUCGGGAUGGCGGCCCCCAUGGACGGGAGCCACGGCGGCCGGGCGGCUGGGGUGCUGCGGCGGGCGCUGGCGCUGGCCUCGCUGGCCUCGCUGGCCGGGCUAUUGCUGGGCGGCCCGACGGGCGCUCUCCCUACCCUGGGGCCUGGCUGGCAGCGCCAAAACCCCGACCCGCCCGUCUCCCGCACCCGCUCGCUGCUGCUGGACGCCGCGUCCGGCCAGCUGCGCCUGGAGGAUGGCUUCCACCCCGACGCGGUGGCCUGGGCCAACCUCACCAACGCCAUCCGCGAGACCGGGUGGGCCUAUCUGGAUCUGAGCACAAAUGGCAGCUACAACGACAGCCUGCAGGCCUAUGCAGCUGGUGUGGUGGAGGCCUCUGUGUCUGAGGAGCUUAUCUACAUGCACUGGAUGAACACGGUGGUCAAUUACUGUGGCCCCUUCGAGUACGAAGUCGGCUACUGUGAGAAGCUUAAGAGCUUUCUGGAGGCCAACCUGGAGUGGAUGCAGCAGGAGAUGGAGCUUAGCCCGGACUCUCCGUACUGGCACCAGGUGCGGCUGACCCUCCUGCAGCUAAAAGGCCUGGAGGACAGCUACGAAGGCCGUUUAACCUUCCCAACUGGGAGGUUCACCAUCAAACCCUUGGGGUUCCUCCUGCUGCAGAUUUCUGGAGACCUGGAAGACCUAGAGCCAGCCCUGAAUAAGACCAACACCCAGACUUCCCUGGGCUCCGGUUCGUGCUCCGCCCUCAUCAAGCUGCUGCCUGGCUGGCAUGACCUCCUGGUGGCGCACAACACGUGGAACUCCUACCAGAACAUGUUACGUAUCAUCAAGAAGUACCGGCUGCAGUUCCGGGAGGGGCCGCAAGAGGAGUACCCCCUGAUUGCUGGCAACAACUUGGUUUUUUCGUCUUACCCGGGUACCAUCUUCUCCGGUGAUGACUUCUACAUCCUGGGCAGUGGACUGGUCACCCUGGAGACCACCAUCGGCAACAAGAACCCAGCCCUGUGGAAGUACGUGCAGCCCCAGGGCUGUGUGCUGGAGUGGAUUCGAAACAUCGUGGCCAACCGCCUGGCCUUGGAUGGGGCCACCUGGGCAGAUGUCUUCAAGCGGUUCAACAGCGGCACGUAUAAUAACCAAUGGAUGAUUGUGGACUACAAGGCAUUCAUCCCCGGCGGACCCAGCCCUGGAAGCCGGGUGCUUACAAUCCUAGAACAGAUCCCGGGCAUGGUGGUGGUGGCCGACAAGACUGCAGAGCUCUACAAGACGACCUACUGGGCUAGCUACAACAUCCCGUACUUUGAGUCUGUAUUCAACGCUAGUGGGCUGCAGGCCCUGGUGGCCCAGUACGGAGAUUGGUUCUCCUACACCAAGAACCCUCGAGCCAAGAUCUUCCAGAGGGACCAGUCACGGGUGGAGGACGUAGACGCCAUGAUCCGGCUCAUGAGGUACAAUGAUUUUCUUCACGAUCCUCUGUCAUUGUGUGAAGCCUGCAGCCCGAAGCCCAACGCAGAGAACGCCAUCUCUGCCCGUUCUGACCUCAACCCCGCCAAUGGUUCCUACCCAUUUCAGGCCCUGCGUCAGCGCGCCCAUGGCGGCAUUGACGUGAAGGUGACCAGCUUUACACUGGCUAAGUCUAUGAGCAUGCUGGCAGCCAGUGGCCCCACAUGGGACCAGUGUCCCCCGUUCCAGUGGAGCAGAUCGCCAUUCCACAGCACACUGCACAUGGGCCAGCCUGAUCUUUGGACAUUCUCACCCAUCAGGGUCCCAUGGGACUGAGAAUCUGCCUCCACCCAGCUGCCUUCAUUUUGUGUGGCCAGUGGGGUCGCACACCUGCUGUCCACCCCCGGGGUCCUGUCUUCACUAGACUCUGGUCCUAGUGGCUUCCUUCGCAAGACACAACUCUAUGGGCUCAGAGCUGACUCCGUCCCCGAGCUCUCUGCCCCUUCAUGGCUCUUCCUCCCUGUCCCUGUCACCACCAGGCUGGGGCUUAUGCUUGGCUGUGGGCCUGAUGGGAUCCUGGGUGGCAUUCUCCUAGUGCUGGUCCUUCUGCGUGCCUGUGAACUGAUGGGGGACAUUAUGGUUGUCACUACUGGCCUGUGGGCCUAUCACCUCGGAGGGCAGCCCCUGUGUCCCCUUCUCUGGGCAGCUUCUCUAAGUGCAGGAGCUUGAACAAAAACCAAAGUUUCUGGCUGCUUGUA